AUGGUGAUGGAACUUCAGAAAGCACUGAACUACAGUACAGUUGCACUGGAGCCUGUUGGGAGGAAGCAGUCGUACAACAACUUCACGUACGAUCGCUCCAAGAUUCACUGUCCCUCUCAGGCCAGUCCCUUCGUCUUCACCAAGAUAAACAGCCUUCCUGUUCCAUCAGUAACCCUCCCACCUACCUCCAGUCCCAGUUCAGCCGUCCCUGCGCCGAAGUGCCCCUCCUCUCUGCCCGUGUGGGUGCCAGUGGUCUCGGGAGUCGGCAGUUUACUGGCUGGCAUCAUCGUCGCAUACAUGCUGUUCUCCUGCAGACGGAAACACAAAGUGCAGAGAGGAGUGGAAAUGAAGGCCACCAACUUUUAAUGCCAACUUUCUCAUUGUCAACAGAAGCUCAAGCCUUAAAGCUGCAUUAAGCCAUUUUUAUAAGAUCAUUUUUGAAGAGGACAGAAAGUAGGACAGUUUUUAUUCUUGCUACUUCAAUGCACAUUAUUUGGUUCUUCACCU